AUGUUCUCAUACUUGGCCAUGAAGUCAACUCUUCAGUUCCUCUAACAAUGGGUGAAGAGAUAACAUAUGCGGACCUUAGCUUUCAUGAUUCCAAACAUGCAUCUACUAGCCAUACAGUGGAGAAGAACCCAGAAGUCGCUUCCUUUGAACAUAAUGCUAUUCCCUCCAGAUAUCAGAAGAAAAUGUACAUUUUAAUAGGGCUACUGGUCUCCAUUCUUCUUCUUGCCGUUUUAGCAAUUACUAUUUCAUUAUUUCAGGCUUAUGAGAAGCAAAAUUAUUACCGUGGUAGAAUUCAAAGUAUCUCACAAACACUGGCAAAUUUGAGAAAUGACCUGUGCAUGAGAAAUGAAGAGGAACAAAAAGAGUCUUGUCUGCUCUGUCCAAUGAACUGGGUUCCAAUAAAGAAGAAAUGUUACUCUAUGUCUGAUGAAAUGCUGUCAUGGCAAGAAUCGCAGAGGUUUUGCUCAGCUCAAAACGCUAGUCUUAUAAUGCCAAAAACAUCACAGGAAGGGGACUUCAUCAGUUCUAUGUUUUGGAAGUCGAAUAAACCUCCUCUAUGGAUAGGUCUUUCAUGUUCCUCAAAUACAAAUGAGAAAUGGCUGUGCUUAGAUAACACAACAUAUGUGACUAGCUCAUACUGGUCAUCACAGUGCAGAGAUAUGCAAUGUGCCUCUUCUGACUUCAGAUCAAGCAAUCCAUCUUUGUUUAAAUCAUGCAGUACUCCGCUGAAAUUCAUUUGUGAACGGUUGCCUGUAAACCUUCUGGCAUUACUUUAGAAAUCUUUCAUUUACAGUCAUGUAAUAAAGGUUAUAUACACAUUUGAAAUUAUUUUUUCCUUGUUCAUUUGUUUCAUACUGUAAGUUCAAUUAAGAAAUCUCCUAAAUAGUCUUUUAUUGGUUGCUGAAGAGACUGCGUUACUCCUUACAUGGCUAGCUGUGAUGCUGCCUCUAACACAGUAACAUUGUUCCUGGAUGCUGUUUAUCUACUUCAUGGAGGGC